CAAAACAAUGAAGAACACAAUCUUGUGAGCAGCGAGUCUGUGGCCGUGAUUACUAUCCAGGGAGUCACCCUGGUCUGUCUCCAUAGAUACUACAUAACACUCUGGAUAAAAUCGAGCAAUGGACGAGGAUCAGUCUGCUGAGGAGACUACAUUUGUUGUGGACGAGAUUACCACAGUUAUCAAAGAAGCUGUUGAAAGCACCAUUGGAAACAGCUCUUACCAGCACAGUAAAAUCAACCAGUGGAUGUCAGGCAUUGUAGAGUCAAGUCUAAGCCAGCUAACUAAAUUAGGAAAGCCUUUCAAGUACAUAGUGACAUGCAUCAUACUCCAAAAAAAUGGGGCAGGUUUGCACACUGCCAGCUCAUGUUUCUGGGACAACAGUACAGAUGGGAGUUGCACGGUUCGAUGGGAGAACAAAACCAUAUACUGCAUUGUUAGUGUUUUCGGGCUUGCCAUUUGAGGAUGAAUAUCAACAUGCAGGCCUGUCUCCUGUUCAAUGGUUUCCAAACAUUUUUGUAAGCCUCAUAAACAAGCAAGGAUGUCCCUGUU